GGGCGGAGCGGCCAACAUGGCGGAACGCAGGCGACACAAGAAGCGGAUCCAGGAAGUUGGCGAACCAUCUAAAGAAGAGAAGGCUGUAGCCAAGUAUCUUCGAUUCAACUGUCCAACAAAAUCCACCAAUAUGAUGGGUCACCGGGUUGAUUAUUUUAUUGCUUCAAAAGCAGUGGACUGCCUUUUGGAUUCAAAGUGGGCAAAGGCCAAGAAAGGAGAAGAAGCUUUAUUUACAACCAGGGAGUCUGUGGUUGACUAUUGCAACAGGUAGGAUUUCUUAGCCAAGGAUAACAUAUAAUUUAAUUUCCUCAUAGUCCUGAAGCUCUUUACCUGUUUUCAUCGUGACAUGUAUUAAUGCUACAACAGAGCUCCAACAUAGCUUUCAAUGUAACCUGGAU